CAGUAAAGCCUCUGCCAUUUUCUUCUCUCUAGCAACUUUGUCGUCGACGGAAAGUCGGCCUUGUGUCAGAUUUUCCGUCGUCGGAUCAGAAAUAUUGUUGCUUCACGUGUACCGACAAUCGUCGUCAAGCUUCUCCAGUUUUUCUCGAUGAUCCGUUUUUCCUGAAGCUGUCCGUCAUAAAACUCCAUUUAAACCCUAAGUCUUGGAAUCUGGGAUUGUUCUUCGAUUCACUCAUUGUAAGUUUGCAACUUACUGAACUGUUGGACGUGAAUUCACUAUAAGUCAGAUAUUCUGGUGGUAGAAAUGGGAGACAAUUUGGAGAGUUUGGGUUCUGAGACGGCAUCAGGAAUGGAAUCGUGCAUGAAGGAGGAACUAUGUAUGGAGAUCGAUCCGCCUUUCAGAGAGAACGUAGCGACAGCGGAGGAUUGGAGGAAGGCUCUGAAUAAGGUCGUUCCGGCUGUGGUCGUGCUCAGAACGACGGGUUGUCGAGCAUUUGACACGGAAGCUGCCGGUGCGAGCUAUGCUACGGGGUUUGUUGUGGACAAGCGCCGGGGAGUUAUCCUCACAAAUCGUCAUGUUGUAAAGCCAGGGCCCGUGGUUGCAGAAGCUAUGUUUGUAAAUCGUGAAGAAAUUCCGGUGCAUCCCAUAUAUAGAGAUCCGGUCCAUGAUUUUGGCUUCUUUCGUUAUGAUCCUGAUGCAAUACAAUUUCUGAGCUACGAGGAGAUUCCUCUUGCUCCUGAGGCUGCUUGUGUUGGACUAGAAAUCAGGGUUGUGGGUAAUGAUAGCGGCGAGAAGGUUUCAAUUUUGGCUGGCACUCUUGCUCGAUUAGAUAGAGAUGCUCCUCAGUAUAAGAACAUCAAGCCUAAGAAACCAGUACACAAACAACCAAGGAAGAGAAGAAGAAGAAGAAAAAAUAAGAGAACGAAGGAAGAGAGGGAUGGUUACAAUGACUUCAACACAUUCUAUAUGCAAGCUGCAUCUGGGACUAAAGGAGGUUCAAGUGGUUCCCCUGUCAUUGAUUGGCAAGGAAGAGCUGUGGCCUUGAAUGCUGGCAGCAAGUCCUCAAGCGCAUCUGCAUUUUUCCUUCCUUUAGAACGAGUGGUGAGGGCACUUAAAUUUCUGCAGAAGGGAUGGGAUUCAUUUGGGAAUAAGUGGGAGGCGGUUAAUAUUCCUCGUGGUACGCUUCAGGUGACGUUUCUUCAUAAAGGAUUUGAUGAGACACGUCGUCUUGGUCUCCAGAGUGAAACAGAACAGAUGGUUAGGCAUGCAUCUCCUAUUGCUGAGACUGGAAUGCUUGUUGUUGAUUCUGUGGUGCCAGGCGGUCCAGCUCAUAAGCAUUUGGAGCCAGGUGAUGUGCUUGUCCGGGUGAAUGGGGAAGUCCUUACUCAGUUUCUGAAACUAGAGACUUUACUUGACGAUAGUGUUGACAAGAGGAUAAAUUUGCAGAUUGAAAGAGGUGGCACUUCCUUAACUGUAGAGUUAGUGGUUCAAGAUUUACACUCUAUUACUCCUAACUAUUUCUUAGAAGUAAGUGGUGCCGUGAUCCACCCUCUUUCCUACCAACAGGCUAGAAAUUUCCGUUUCAACUGUGGUCUUGUUUAUGUUGCAGAACCUGGAUAUAUGCUCUAUAGAGCAGGAGUUCCUCGGCAUGCCAUAAUAAAGAAGUUUGCAGGAGAAGAGAUAUCAGCACUUGAUGAGCUGAUCCUGGUUUUAUCCAAGUUGUCUAGGGGUGCUCGAGUGCCUUUGGAAUAUAUAAGCUACACGGACCGACAUCGGAGCAAGUCUGUUCUGGUUACAGUUGAUCGGCAUGAAUGGUAUGCUGCUCCCCAAAUAUACACUCGUGAUGAUAGUUCUGGAUUAUGGACAGCAAGACCUGCAUUGGCACCAGGGUCCCUAUUCCUUUCUUCAAGCAUCAACUGUGACAUAUUGACCAGUGGUACAGUUGCAUCAACUAUUGCAGAAGCUGGUGUGGUAGAACAAAUACCUCAAAAACACAGCAAGGAGUGUGCAGAUGGCUUUAAUGGUGUGGAGACUAGCUGUGAACAUGUUAAUGAGGUGCCACAUUCUGGGGAAGACUCAAAUGUUGAAACCAAGAAACGGAGAGUGGAAGAAAAUUCAUCUGAAAAUGGUGCUACUACUUCAGACUGUUUGAUGCAAGAGGCUAAUGAAGAAAAGUUGGAGGACCCUAGAACCUUGGAAAAUAUUGGCUUGAGACCGUAUCAAGUAGCAGUAGCCUCUAAUGCAUCUGUAGCUGAGCGAGUGAUAGAGCCUACUCUUGUAAUGUUUGAGGUGCAUGUGCCAUCAUCGUGUAUGGUUGAUGGUGUGCACUCCCAGCAUUUCUUCGGGACUGGUGUUAUUGUUUAUCAUUCUCAGCACAUGGGAUUGGCCGCAGUUGACAGGAACACUGUAGCCAUAUCUGUUUCUGAUGUGAUGUUGUCAUUUGCUGCAUUUCCUGUGGAAAUUCCUGGGGAGGUGAUUUUUCUUCAUCCCAUUCACAAUUAUGCUCUUGUUGCAUAUGAUCCUUCUGCUCUUGGCGCUGCUGGUGCUUCAGCUGUACGUGCUGCAGAACUUCUUCCUGAACCUGCCCUGCGUCGAGGAGAUUCAGUCUAUCUUGUGGGUUUAAGUAGAAGCCUGCAAGCUACAUCAAGGAAAUCCAUUGUUACCAAUCCUUGUGCAGCGCUCAAUAUUGGCUCAGCUGAUUGCCCACGUUACAAAGCAACCAAUAUGGAAGUGAUUGAACUUGACACUGAUUUUGGCAGUACAUUUUCUGGUGUACUCACUGAUGAACGUGGAAGGAUUCAAGCUAUUUGGGGGAGCUUUUCCACUCAGCUGAAGUAUGGUAGUAGUACAUCUGAAGAUCAUCAAUUUGUUAGAGGUCUUCCAAUCUAUGCAAUCAGCCAGGUCCUUGACAAGAUCAUUAAUGGCACCAAGGGACCAGUGCUGUUGAUAAAUGGUGUUAAAAGGCCAAUGCCUCUUGUUAGGAUAUUAGAGGCUGAAUUGUACCCAACUUUGCUAUCCAAGGCCAGGAGUUUUGGACUGAGUGAUGAGUGGGUCCAAGAUCUAGUCAGGAAAGAUCCAAUAAGGCGACAAGUUUUACGUGUGAAAGGUUGCUUGGCUGGAUCAAAAGCUGAGCAAGUACUAGAACAAGGUGACAUGCUUCUGGCAAUCAACAAAGAGCCUAUAACAUGCUUCCGUGACAUAGAAUAUGCUUGUGAAGAGUUAGACAAAUAUGGUGACAAUGGAGGGAUACUUAAUAUGACUAUUUUUCGGCAGGGAAAAGAAAUUGAACUUGUGGUCGGAACAGAUAUCAGGGAUGGCAAUGGUACCACACGGAUGGUGAAUUGGUGUGGAUGUAUCAUUCAAGAUCCUCACUCAGCAGUGCGUGCCCUUGGGUUUCUUCCUGAAGAGGGGCAUGGUGUGUAUGUGGCAAGAUGGUGUCAUGGGAGUCCAGUCCAGAGAUAUGGUCUAUAUGCUCUACAGUGGAUAGUUGACGUCAAUGGGAAACCCACUCCUGAUUUGGAAGCCUUUGUUGACGUGGUAAAGGGAUUGGAACAUGGGGAAUUUGUCCGUGUAAAAACAGUCCACUUGAAUGGGAAGCCUCGAGUACUAACUUUAAAGCAGGAUCUGCAUUACUGGCCUACAUGGGAGCUAAGGUUUGACCCAGAUACUGCUAUGUGGCGUCGCCAAACAAUCAAAGCGUUGGACUGCUCUCUAGCAUGAAUGAAUCCAUUAUGAAGUUGCCCAAAGUUUUUUCAUUGGAAAGAGGCACAAUUUUCACCCUAUAAUGGUGACCUGGAGAUGGCCCUUGCCAAUUUAUUUGACAAGAG